AUGCAAAGUUUUUCAAUGUUCCCAGUGGUUGAUAAGCCGACUAGAGUCUAUGGUAAUUCAGCAACUUUAAUUGACAAUAUUUUCAUAAAUAAUCCUGAGAAUAAUAUAGUCAGCGGCAAUAUCGUGUCCGAUACAACAGAUCACUUCUCUCAGAUGUGCAUAUUAUCGUCGCACUGUAAACCAUUCUUUCCAAACAACAAAACUAAGGUUCGUGACUAUUCUACCUUCAAUGCAAAGUCUUUCAUUGACGACUUGCAGAAUAUUAAUUGGAAUAAUAUUUGCAAACAUAUCGAUGCCAAUCAAUCGUUUUCCAGGUUUUACAAAUGCGUCAACAAGACAAUUAACAAACACGCUCCUUUAAGAAGUAUAUCCAAUCGUAAACAAAAAUUCCUUGCUAAACCAUGGCUGACGGCGGGUUUAAGAAAAUCAAUCAGGGUAAAGAAUAACCUCUUCUAUACCUCAGACCGUGACAAAUACAAAUUUUACAGAAAUAAAAUCAUUUAUCUUACGAGAUUAAGUAAAGCGAACUACUACCAAAGUUUCUUUGAUCUCAACAUAUGUAAUAUGCGUCAAACUUGGAAAGGAAUUAACGAGCUAAUUGAAACUGUAAAAAGAAAAACAAGCGCAACUCAACUAACUCUAUUCGCUCAAACCCGAAUGAGGUUCCAACUAGUGACCCGAAGGAAAUAAGCAAUAUUCUUAACAAAUAUUUCGCCACUUUUGGGAGCAAACUGGCUUCUAAAAUUCCUCAGACCAUAAAUACAUUCUAUGAUUAUUUAGAUCCGCCACUUAAUCGCACUUUCUUCUUUGAUCCUAUUAUUCCGGAAGAUAUCAAUUUAGAAAUUUCAGUUUUGCAAGACAACAAGGCCCAUGGUCUCUACUCAUCUCCAGUUAGGCUGCUGAAAUUAGCAAAAGGGUCAUAUCCGUACCUCUAG